AUGGCUAACGAUAGUGCCGUGGAUAUAAAUGUCGGCAUAGCCCUUAGCACAGCUCUGCUUCUCCCUGGCGAUCUUGAUCGCAACGCCGAGUUGAGUGAGUACGAGAAUUAUGCGUUGAUGCUUCAACGCUCCGUUCAAUCUUUUGAAAAUCGACAAAAGCUGGUUGAUAUGAAGAAGGAAUUCUUUUCUCUUCAAAAGACUAACAAAGGUCUUCAGUCAAAGUUGAAAAAAUUAGAAGACCAAGCCGAGGCUGCAAUCAAAGCCCAGACUGAGGCCGAAGAGAAGGUCGAUUCUACCGAGGCCAUAAGGAAGGUUGUUGAGUCCCAGAGAAAAGAGGCCGAUGAGAAAAUGGCCCAGGCUGAAAAGGAGCUUCAGGAGGCCCUGGUCACCAAAGACGCCGAAAUCAAAGAAGCUGAUGAAAAGGCAUAUGCUCAAGGAAUGGCCGAUGUCAUGGAGGCCUAUGAGAUUCAAGUGAAGCAGGAAGGUGAUGAGGUUCCCAUAGAAGUUGUUCCCGAGAAUGCACCAGCCGACAUUUCCUCUGCGGACAAGAGUGUUGAAGAAACUCUGCAAGAAAUUGAUGCGGAGAUAGCGGCGGAUAAGGCUGCUGAGAUGUUUUCUCAACAAGCAUCUGAUCUUCAAAUUCAACCAACUGAUGGAGAAGAGUCUUAG